CCCUCGGACACAGCGGAUCACCGAUCAAUGGAAAGAGCCGAAGAUGUCAGCUCGGUCAUGUGAUCAGCUGUGUCCAAUCACAGCUGUACACAUCAGUGCCACCUGUCAGUGCCCAUCAAUGCCAGCUGUCAGUGCUCAUCAAUGCCACCUGCCAGUGCACAUCAGUGCCACAUCAAUGCCACAUUUCAGUGCCUACCAGUGCACAUCAAUGCCACAUAUCAGUGCCCAUCUGAGCUGCCUUUCAGUGUCACCUAUCAGUGCCACCUAUCAAUGCCAAUCAGCGCCACCUAUCAGUGCUGCCAAUCAAUGCCGCCUAUCAGUGCCAGUCAGUGCAGCCUGUCAGUGCCAGUCAGUGCUGAAUAUCAGUGCCAGUCAGUGCCACCUAACAGUACCAGUCAGUGCCGCCUAUCAGUGCCAGUCAGUGCCGCCUUAUCAGUGCCACCUAUCAGUGCCGUCUAUCAGUGCCAUAUAUGAGUGCUGCCUUUCAGUGCCCAUCAGUGAUGCCUGUCAAUGCCCAUCAGUGCCACCUACUAGUACCUCCUCAUCAGUGCCCAUCAGUGCCAUCUAUCAGUAGAGCCUAUCACUGCAGCCUCAUUAGCGCACAUCAGUGAAGGAGAAAAAUCACUUAUUUACAAAAUUU